AUGUUAGGACCAUACAGGAGAAAAGCCGUAUGUGUGCCCAGCUGCCCAUUCCGGGCCAACCAGAAUAGCAGUUUAAAGAGACACAUGGUAACAUACACAAUGAUGGCGAGGGUUAACCAAGAAAAGAUUUCUACAGAAGAGCUGAAAUCAGUAGGCUCCUGUACAAAUGAAUUAGCAGGCAAAAUGCCCACGAAUACUGAGUCUCACAUGUUUGUUGAAGAAGAUGCAACAGUACCUGAGAAGACUUACCAUCCAGCGGAUAUUCUUGAUCAUCGACAUCUCUACAACCGCGAUAGCACGAGUGAAAGCCUGGCGAAUAGGAGCAAGCAAGCUAUUGAAGGUCAACACAUGUUGCUGAUGCCUCAGCCAAAGCCUUAUUCUUGCAAGUGGUGUUCGUUUAUUUGUUCAAAAAGAUGUGACCUGAAGAAGCACUUACGAAUUCAUACAGGCGAAAGGCCCUUUAAGUGUCAUAUAUGCCCAGCACAGUUUAUUCAGAACAUCCAUUUAAAGACCACAUGCAUAUUCACACCGGAGAAAAGCCGUAUUCUUGCCCGUUGUGCUCCUUCCGUUGUGCCAAUAACAGCAGCCUUCAUAGGCAUGUAA